CUGCACAGCGCUCACACCGGAGGACGAGCAGCGGAGAAACGCACACCGCAACGCCUCACAGGGGCUGGAGCUCACCUACAAGCCCAAACCGGAGGAGGAGGAAGGACCGGCCACCGCACAACGUAGCGGUUAUAUGCGUGAGAGCCUUGGCUGAGGGUACCGUUGUGUGUUCGUGGACUGUGGCUGCGAUGUCGGAGUUUCUGGUGAGUCUACUCGGGGAGCGGCUCGUCAACAGCGAGAAAGCCGAGGUGGACGUGCAGUCACUGGGCGCCAAGCUGUCCCUGGUCGGGCUCUUCUUCGGAUGCAGCCUGAACGCACCGUGCAAGCAAUUCAACGCCAGCCUGUGCGAGUUUUACAGCAGGUUUAAAAAGACGUCUGAACAUAAAGACAAAUUGGAAAUCGUCUUCAUCUCGUCUGAUCAGGACCAGAAACACUGGCAAGACUUUUUACAGGAGAUGCUAUGGCCUGCGUUACCUUUCAAAGACAGACACAAAAAGAUGAAGCUUUGGAACAAGUACAAGGUAACCAGUAUACCAUCUCUGGUGUUCGUGGAUGCAGCUACAGGAAAGGUGGUGUGUCGAAAUGGUCUACUGGUGGUUAGAGAUGACCCCAAAGGCCUGGAGUUCCCCUGGGGACCGAAGCCAUUUGCGGAGGUGGUGGCAGGCCCUCUGCUCAGGAACAACAGGCAGAUAACAGACAGCAGCUCUCUGGAGGGACACUAUGUGGGAGUGUACUUCUCAGCACACUGGUGUCCACCGUGCCGCAGUUUGACCCGGGUCUUAGUGGAAUCGUACCGAACCAUCAAAGAGUCCGGUCAAAAGUUUGAGAUCGUGUUUGUCAGCGCUGACAGGUCAGAGGAGUCCUUUAAGCAGUACUUUAGUGAGAUGCCAUGGCUGGCGGUGCCGUAUUCAGACGAGGCUCGGCGAUCACGACUCAACAGACUCUAUGGAAUACAAGGUAUUCCUACCCUGAUUUUGUUGGAUUCAGAAGGUCACAUGAUCACACGACAAGGCCGCGUGGAGGUGCUGAACGACCCCGAAUGCCGGCUCUUUCCGUGGCACCCUCGACCCGUGCUGGAACUCAGUGAAUCCAACGCCGUGCAGCUCCACGAGGGGCCCUGCCUUGUGCUGUUUGUGGACGCAGAGGAGGAGGGAGAGUUGGAGCCGGCCAAGGAGCUGAUUCAGCCAAUAGCAGAAAAACUCAUGGCCAAGUACAAAGCCAAGGAGGAGGAGAUACCGCUGCUGUUCUUUGUGGCUGGAGAGGAUGACAUGAGUGACUCCCUGCGAGACUACACUAACCUCCCAGAGGCAGCACCUCUGCUGACAAUCCUGGACAUGUCGGCCCGUGCCAAGUAUGUUCGCGACGUAGAGGAGAUCACGCCAGCCAUCGUGGAGCAGUUUGUCAACGACUUCCUGGCUGAAAAGCUCAAACCGGAGCCCAUCUAAAGAGGAAGUCCAAAUCCAAAUUGGACAUCUAUGGGACUCUCACCAUCAUCAAACCCUCACACUCCCUAGCCUUCUUUCUCUGCCACUCCCCCUGACUUUGUCAGACUGUUAGACAGAUGUCUCACUUUUUACUGACAUUUUAACAUUUUUUAGACAUGUUCCUCUUUCAUGGAGUCCUCUUUCUCCUGUGGUGCCUUGCAUUGACUAUAGUCCUUACAGUAAUAUAUAUGGAGAUUGUUUUUUUUUUUUUUUGCCUCAAGAAAAGUAUUUGUAUUUUUUUUCCACUUGAUAGCUGACUUCUAGAGAAACCCAGAGAAUUACCCAAUGGACCUACGUAUUCAGCCAAUUCUUUGCUUUCUAUUUGUCUGCAACAUCCUUGUUACCUUGGUUACUGAACAUGUUGAGCAAGAAUAAUGUGACUGAUUACAGAUGUAUGUCACAUGUACACAUAGUGCAAAUGUGCUAAACCUCAGCUGUAUGUAGCUGUAAGCCUUUAUGACCCUAUUUAAAAAUAAAAAAAACACUAAAGAAAAAACACUAAAGGUGCACAUAUGGUAAAGAACACGGUAUGCUUGAUUGUAACAGACCAAUGACUGAUGUUUUAGGACCCUGUGUACAUGUUGUGUGUUAUGAUGCGAGUGAAAGUCAUCUCUAGCCAAUUGUUAAUGGUGGAUCUCAUCUCAAGUCAUUAUGAGGACUUUCUGUGAAUGUCCCUUAAUGAGUGGGCCAGGUUAUCUCUGAAGGCACAAAAACGGCAUUUGAAAAGUGUUGAAUGUAUAAAUCCCUAUAUUCUGUUACUCCCAGUAUGUAUCUUCAGUCAUGACUUCUCACACCCAUUAAAAAUCCACUGGCAAGCACAAAGUCCUGUUCCUUAUAUGUACUAUAAAUAAAGUUAGACUUGGAAAUGUUAAA